CUAAGCCAGAGCUGUGACUAAAGCCGACCUGACCGCCAGUAUGACACCCUUUCGGAGUAUACGGUGAGCGAGAGACCUCUCCAGGCUUGCGCUGUUACCUCAGUGGGCGCCCUGUUAAGCGAGAAGGGCCAGCGGUUACACUCUGCCGAGGCGAACCUGUUUCAGAGCGUUACCGUUGCUAGGCGCCGCGGUGCGUUGUUACACUAACCGAGGCCGCGCGGGACCGCUGCGCCGCAGCACAGCGUUACUCCGCCGCCGCCGCGCGGAUUUUUACCGAAAGCCGCGGCCCCCGUGACCCGCCGGCCCGACGCCUGAAACAGAAUGGCGCAGCACCGGCCCCACACGGAGCGGCCGCUCUACAAGAUGAGCGUCCAGCUCAUCGACACGUACAAGCUCAUCAACAAGGUUUGGAGCGGCGUCCUAGAGACGUCAAACGCGCGCGCUGGGGCCGAGCCGGGCGAGAGGGCCGCGAGAGCGCCCCGUGGCGCCGUUAUGACGGCGGAGGCGCGACGUACGAGCAUGAGGCGCGCCGCGAGAGGCGCCGCCCGUCAAAACCCCACCCGCAGAAAACGCUUCAACGUCAACCGCACAGGUCUACUACGAGAAAAAAGCAAAAAGGAAGGUCCAGCAGCGCGCGGCGGAAGCCCCCCAGUCCCAGUGGGACGACGAGCACCACGACUACAAGCUCGAGAUGGAGGACGCCUUCGGCGAGCACUAUACCAUCAAAGAGCGAAUAGGCAAGGGUAGCUUCGGCCAAGUUGUUCGGGCACGAGACGAGCGCACGGGCACGGACGUCGCGAUCAAGAUCAUCAAGUCCAAGAAGCCCUUCGCGCUGCAGGCCCAGACGGAGAUCGAACUGUUACGAGCAUUACGAAGUGCGGACAGAGACGACAAACAGAACAUCGUACGGCUCCUGGACCACUUCGUGUAUCGCGGCCACGAGUGUUUGGUCUUCGAGAUGCUUUCCUAUAAUCUGUACGAGCUGCUGAAGAACACGCAAUUCCACGGCGUUUCGUUGAAUUUGGUUCGGAAAUUCGCGAAGCAGAUUUUACAUGCGUUGGCGUUCCUCGCGCGGCCGGUGCGGACUCGGCGUCUGUUUCCGAACAUUUCUGAACUUCACGUUGCGUCGACGGCGUCGUCGCGAUGCCGCGCCGCCUCGACGCCGUCUUCGUGAUCGUCCGAGAGUCGACGCGUCUCGUGACGGCGUCCGUGCCGCGCAGGACGUGGCCGUGAUCCACUGCGACCUCAAGCCCGAGAACAUUCUGUUGAGGCAUCCCAAACGGAGCGCGAUCAAAGUGAUUGACUUUGGCUCGUCCUGUCGAUCGGACCGGCGGAUGUAUUCUUACAUCCAGUCGCGGUUCUACCGGUCGCCGGAGGUGAUGUUGGGGUUGCCCUAUACGGUCGCUAUUGACGUGUGGUCGCUCGGUUGUAUACUGAUAGAGAUGCAUACCGGUGAACCUCUAUUCUCCGGUUCGGAUCAAUUAGAUCAAAUGCGACGACUCGUGGAAGUCCUGGGCAUGCCGCCCGAGAGCAUGGUCGAGGCCGCCGAUAGAUCGACGCGGGACCAGUACUUCGUGGCCAAUCCUGCUGCCAGUCAACAGGGCGUCGCGACGCGGAGUCGAAGCACGUCCCAGAAACCGCCUCAUCGGUGGACGCUGAAGGCCAAGCCCGGGGAGCGAAACAAGCCCAUGGGCGAGCCGCGGGGCUUGUCUGACGUCGUCGGCGCCGACACGGGCGGUCCCGGAGGAAGACGGCGCGGCGAGGCCGGGCACGCUCCAGAAAACUACCGCCUCUUCGUCGAGUUCGUGCGGCGCAUGCUCGAGUACUCGCCGUCGGCGCGCGUCGAGCCCGCCGAUGCUCUGAGACAUCCGUUCUUGGACGAUAGGGCCUGGCAGCGCACCGAGCCGCCGCAGCGGCGGCGCGGCGACGCCAUGGACACGGAGCCGCCGCCGGCGCCGAGUGAUGAUAGGGACACGGAGGACGGCGCGACGCAGACGGAGCCAGGGGGGUCCUAAAAGUCUAGAAAAAAGCCAUGGAUGA